AUGGAGCCUUGGCCAUUGGAGUGCACUGUGUUCUUCUCAAAUGCAGCGUACAGAACGACUGCAACAUGCUUGCGCCAGCUGUUCGCCAGAGUUGGCGAAGUCCAGUGCGUUGAGUUGUACAAAUCGUCCCGUGGCAACUUCAUCGGCGCAGGUGUUGUUACAUUCUUGUCCCCCAGCAGCGCAAGCCGCGCCGUUACUGAGCUGGACGGGUCUGACGUGCAUGGUAGACCCAUUCGGGUGAAGCCGAAUGAGCGUCGUUUGCGUGGCCAGGGCCGACGGAACCACGUGGAGACCACCAAAGCCAAAGCAAAGAGAUGA